AUGGCAUCCAAGUUCAUCAUCUUCGCUGCAGUUAUCGCUGCAACCAGGGCCGGUCUCAUCGGAGCCCCCCUGGCCACCACUUAUGCUGCCCAGCCCAUUGCUGUAGCGAAAACAGUAGUUUCUGACGAAUACGAUCCUCAUCCCCAAUACUCGUAUGGAUACGACGUCCAAGACGGUUUGACAGGUGACAGCAAGAGCCAAGUCGAGAGCAGAGACGGUGAUGUUGUACAAGGAUCCUACUCUUUGACUGACGCCGAUGGACUUCGCCGUACCGUCGACUACACUGCUGACCCAAUCAAUGGUUUCAACGCCGUAGUACGCAGAGAACCCCUCGUAGCUAAAGCCGUAGUCGCUGCUCCCGCCAUUGCCAAAGUAGCAGCUCCCCUUGCCUACGCCGCUCCAGUAGCGAGAUACGCAGCUCCCCAGUUGGCUUACUCCGCCCCAGCCAUCGCUAAACUAUCAGCACCCGCUCAUCUUGCCUAUGCUGCAGCGCCUGCUCAUCUUGCCUAUGCUUCAGCGCCCGCCCAUGUUGCCUACGCUGCAGCGCCUGCUCGUGUAGCCUACGCUUCAGCACCCGCCCAUGUUUCCUACGCUGCAGCACCCGCUCAUGUGGCCUAUGCUGCCGCUCCUGCCCAUAUUUCUUAUGCCGCCCCAUCAUUGAGAGUCGGUUCUCCUUUGGCGUACUCUUCGUCCCUCAUUCACUAA